UACGCCCCCUGUCCCUAGGUCUCCUGCAGAUGCAGCUGAUCCUGCACUACGACGAGACCUACCGAGAGGUGAAGUAUGGCAACAUGGGGCUGCCCGACAUCGACAGCAAGAUGCUCAUCGGCAUCAACGUGACGCCCAUCGCGGCCCUCCUCUACACGCCUGUGCUCAUCAGGUUUUUUGGCACCAAGUGGAUGAUGUUUCUGGGCGUGGGCAUCUAUGCCCUCUUUGUCUCCACCAACUACUGGGAACGCUACUACACACUCGUGCCCUCAGCCGUGGCCCUGGGCAUGGCCAUCGUGCCUCUUUGGGCCUCCAUGGGCAACUACAUCACCAGGAUGGCCCAGAAGUACUACGAGUACUCCCACUACAAGGAGCGGGAUGAGCAGGGCCCGCAGCAGCGCCCGCCGCGGGGCUCCCACGCGCCCUAUCUCCUAGUCUUCCAAACCAUCUUCUAUAGCUUCUUCCAUCUGAGCUUCGCCUGCGCCCAGCUGCCCAUGAUCUACUUCCUGAAUCACUACCUGUAUGACCUGAACCACACUCUGAGCAAUGUGCACAGCUGCGGGCUGUACGUCCGGGGUCCCAGGGCUCUGGUGGGCGAGGUACAAGGCCCUGUUAAAGUGCUGGGCUUGUGCGGGGCCGCGUACCGGCCCACGGAGGAGAUCGACCUGCGCAGCGUGGGCUGGGGCAACAUCUUCCAGCUGCCCUUCAAGCACGUGCGCGACUUCCGCUUGCGCCACCUCGUGCCCUUCUUCAUCUACAGCGGCUUCGAGGUGCUCUUUGCUUGCACGGGCCUCGCGCUGGGCUAUGGCGUGUGCUCCGUGGGGCUGGAACGCCUGGCCUACCUCCUCGUGGCUUAUGGCCUGGGCGCCUCCGCCUCCUCACUCCUGGGCCUGCUGGGGCUGUGGCUGCCGCGCCAGGUGCCUCUGCUGUCUGGGGCCGGACUGCACCUGCUGCUCACCAUCAGCCUCUUUUUCUGGGCCCCCACACCUCGGGUCCUGCAACACAUCUGGAUCCUCUAUGUAGCAGCCAUCCUCUGGGGUGUGGGCAGUGGCCUCAACAAGACCGGGCUCUCCACACUGCUGGGCAUCCUGUACGAGGACAAAGAGAGGCAAGACUUCAUCUUCACCAUCUACCACUGGUGGCAGGCAGUGGCCAUCUUCGUGGUGUACCUGGGCUCCAGCCUGCCCAUGAAGGGAGUCCCCCGGCCCCGGCCUAGACAACUCGCUGCGUCCUUUGGGGCCCAGUUCUACGGAAGAUUCCGGGGUCCUGCAGUCAUGGGGCAGUGGGAGCUGCAGCUGUAG